AUGGAAAAGUUUUUUGCUUACCAAAAAGAUGGUAGAGUACCGUGCAAAUAUGGGAGAAAAUGUUUCCAAACAAAUAAAGAACAUACGGAUAAAUAUAAACAUCCACCAACCAAAGAUGAUAUUAAAGUGGACACUAAAAAAAUUACAAGAAAAAGAGACUCAAAAGGAAAAGUUAAAUUAUCCAACCAAACUAAUGGAGAAUCAUCAAACGGCGAUCAUAGAACUAAUGAAGAAAGUCACAAUAGUGGUGAAACAAAUGACAUGGAAGUUCCUGAACGUCCUGAACAAAUAACAAUCACUUCCAACAGUGAACCUAAUAGUAUUACUUCUAUAAAUAACCAACAAAGUUCUACUGAAUAUGCAGUGCCAUCAAUAAGACAACAUUCACAACAGCAACAAUUAUUAUUGACAAAUAAUACAUUAGAAGAUUGCAGUGUUGAUGAUGGUAUUGUUCCAUGUACACCAACAUUAUUCACACCUCGACGUUUAGAUGGAGAGACUGUUAGUUCACCUCAUGUACCAUCUAGCAAUCAAGUACAAAGAUUUACAUUUGUCGGUGAAUCUCAGCCAUCCCACACUCCUGACUCAAAUGAUAGAGAACAGCUAGACCCGCCUGUACAAAAUGUAACUGAUUCUGACUAUUUGAAAACAAAAAUUUCCGAACUCUUCCUUGUAGAUGAAAUGCCAAAAGAGUUUUAUGAUCUUUGGAGUUUUUGUAAAAGACAAUGUUCUACUCGUCCAGAAGAUGCAUUAUUAUCGGUUGGAUUGAAACUAGUGGGACCUUAUGAUGUAUUGGCAGGACAUAUGAAUGGGUUUAACACCAAUGAUAUUGAAAAGACAGUUUUACAUUGGCGUUAUUACUACGACCCUCCAGAAUUUCAAACAAUUAUAGCAAGUACUGGUUCAGAAUUUCAUAUGGGUUAUUAUAGGGAUGUACCAUUAGCAUCGCCUGUUUAUGUUGUUUCUAACGAUUCAAGCAAAAACUGUAUAGUUCAAAAAUUAGGAAAAAGUUUAUUUCAAGCUUUAAGGAAGCACCUUCAAAGCUUGGAUAGUAAAGUAGCGACUACACUUCAAAAAAAAUUACUCGCUUAUGAAAAACGAAAAGUCACUGAAAUUUUAGAAGGUCGAAAAUGUGAUCCAGUGACAAAAACAUUUCAUAAAGCUGGAAUUGUAGUUCCAUAUGAUAGUAAGACAGAUAUUGGUUAUCGGCCUUUAUCAGAAUCUGAAUAUACUCUACAUAAAAUUCUAAAAUCCUACCAUGAAGCAAGUGAAAGUAAAAAAAUGGAGGUAAUGGAUAAACUACAGCCAAUUAUAAAUUAUGCCAACAUAGCAAGUGAUGAGUGUGACUUUGGUACUGGGUUCGAAUUAGGGAUUGAUUUUUUUUGUGACGGAAAUCCUGAUCUUCAUCGUAUUUGUAAACAACUCUUGGUAACUGCUUACAAUUUACUCAGAAGACCUCAAUUUGCCACUAUUAUUAAGGCACAUCUCAACAACAGAAGAAAAGGUCUAAACAUGAGUAUAUUAUAA